GUCAGAUCUUAAUUUAACCACCAACUGGAUGCUUAAUUUUAGAUACACAGAGGAACACAUUGGCUCCAGGGCAUUUCCUCUGGUUUAGGAAGGCAAGUCCCUGGAUAAGAAUGACAAGAUGAUCAUUCCAAAAGGGAAAGUUCUGAUGAUUCUCUGUGGGACCGCCAGUAGAUGAGCCCAUCAGUCAAGAACCAUUGUGUUUUCAAGGCCAAGCUGACCUUGGCUCUCAGCUUAUUGAGAACUGCCCUUGGAGUAUAAGGUUAUCUAACCUUGAAGAAUGAGAAGAGAUAUGGAUACUAAUGACUCCGAUGAAGAUCAUCUUACAAGUUAUGAUAUUCAACUCAGUAUUCAAGAAUCCAUUGAAUCCAGUCAGACUGCAUUUCAUCCUGAAAGAUUUGUCCCACUCAGUCAUCAGAACAGGAAACUUGUAGAGGCCAUAAAACAAGGUCACAUCCUUGAGCUCCAGGAGUAUGUGAAAUAUAAACAUGCACUGGACGAAGCUGAUGAGAAAGGAUGGUUUCCAUUGCAUGAAGCCGUCGUUCAACCUUUUCAACAAAUACUUGAGAUUGUUCUGGACGCAUCCUAUAAGACACUCUGGGAAUUCAAGACUUGUGAUGGAGAAACACCCUUGACCUUGGCAAUCAAAGCUGGUUUGGUGGAAAAUGUAAGGACUUUACUCGAAAAGGGAGUGUGGCCCAACACCAAAAAUGAUAAAGGAGAGACGCCCCUUCUGAUUGCUGUAAGACAGGGCUCCUACGACAUGGUGUCUACUCUGAUAAAACACAACACCAGCCUUGAUCAGCCCUGUGUCAAGCGAUGGUCAGCAAUGCACGAAGCAGCCAAGCAAGGCCGGAAAGACAUCAUAGCUCUGCUACUAAGCCAUGGAGGCAAUGUCCACCUGAGAGAUGGAUUUGGAGUCACACCAUUAGGUGUGGCAGCUGAAUAUGGUCACUGUGAUGUGUUAGAACAUCUAAUCCACAAAGGUGGCGAUGUGUUUGCUUUGGCGGAUGACGGGGCAUCAGUGUUGUUUGAGGCUGCCGGGGGCGGUAAUCCUGACUGCAUUGCUCUCCUGCUGGAGUAUGGAGGAAGUGGAAAUGUGCCUAACAGAGCAGGGCAUCUCCCGAUACACCGAGCUGCCUAUGAGGGACAUUAUCUUGCACUGAAAUAUCUUAUCCCAGUAACAUCCAAAAAUGCAAUUCGGAAAAGUGGGCUAACUCCCAUUCACUCAGCAGCAGAUGGACAGAAUACACAGUGCCUGGAACUACUCAUUGAAAAUGGUUUCGAUGUCAACGCCCUUCUUGCUGACCACAUUUCCCAGAACUAUGACGACGACAGGAAGACUGCGCUCUAUUUUGCUGUCUCUAAUAAUGAUAUCCAUUGCACAGAAGUCCUUCUGGCUGCAGGUGCAGACCCAAACCUAGAUCCCCUCAACUGUCUGCUUGUGGCAGUGAGGGCCAAUAAUCACGAGCUUGUCCGACUGCUUCUCUCUCACGGAGCUAAUGUCAAUUGUUACUUUAUGCAUGUGAAUGACACCCGUUUCCCCAGUGCCAUUCAGUAUGCCCUAAAUGACGAGGUCAUGCUGAGGCUAUUGCUGAACAAUGGCUAUCAGGUGGAGAUGUGCUUUGACUGCAUGCAUGGUGACAUCUUUGGGAAUUCAUUUGUGUGGUCAGAAAUAGAGGAAGAAGUACUGCCAGGAUGGACAUCGUGUGUAAUAAAAGAUAACCCGUUCUGUGAGUUUAUUACAGUUCCUUGGAUGAAACAUCUAGUAGGCAGCAUUAUUCGUGUAUUGAUAGAUUACAUGGAUUAUGUUCCUCUGUGUGCUAAACUGAAGGCUGCAUUAGAAGUACAGAGAGAAUGGCCAGAAAUCCGCCAAAUACUAGAGAAUCCUUGUUCGUUAAAGCAUUUGUGCCGGUUAAAAAUCAGAAGACUUAUGGGACUCCAGCGCCUCUGCCAGCCAGCCUCCAUGGAAAAGCUUCCUCUACCACCAGCUAUUCAAAGAUACAUAUUAUUUAAAGAGUAUGAUCUCUAUGGACAGGAGCUAAAAUUACCAUAACUUAAAAAUAAUAUUUUUAAAUGUGAUUUUUAAAUGUUCAAAAAUGUGAUUCCCUCAGAGAAUUUAUUGGAAUCAUUUUACAUCUUUAAGUGUAUUUAAAUCCACUGACAAUUUUAUAGGUGUAUUGUGUCCCUGUGGGAACACCAUAUUGUACAUCAUCAAAGAAUUUUCCUUAUUUUGAGAGAGUCAAUAUUCUGUAUUUGAAUUUCUAAGAUUAUUUUCACUUGCAACAAGUCUUUAAAUUUUUCCUAUCAAUUGACUGCUACAAUACUCACUAUCAAGGUUCUGUGUUUAAAAAGCAAAAAACCACUUUCUCAAACCCAUACCUCCUACCUGCUGCUGGCCCAUUUCUCUUCUGUGAGAGCACCUCUGUAUUAAAGGAUUCCUGCCUGCCUGCAGAUUCCCACACUAUAAACUGACAUCUGCUGUCUCCUCUCCUGCUCUUCUUGAGGUCCCUAACAAUCUCCGUGUUGCUAACGACAAUGAGCACCCUUCAGUUCCUCUUCCAAUUGCUUCCUGUGGCACCUAACCCUGUUGCCUGCUCUCUUCUUGAAGUUCUAUCUCCUCCUUGGUUUUCAAUAUAUGCAUAUCUUGUUCUCUUAGCUCUCCUCCUAUCUCUCUGGAUGGUCUAUCUCUGCUUCUUCCUAUGUCACUCAUCUCCUGCCAAUCCUUUAGUAAUAUUUUCUCUAGGAAAUGUCAUCCGCUUGUAUGACUCCAAUGAUUUUUUUGGAAACCACAGCUCUUAUAUCCGAAAAAAAACUUUCUCUCCUGUGCUUGAGACCUGUGUAGGCAACUAGCCCAAUGAACAUUUGAGCCUAAAGAUACCUCAAAUUCAACAUGUCCCCAAUUGAACUCAUGACUUUCUCUUAUAUUCUGUAGUUUGUUGGCACAAUGAUCAAUUUAGUUUCCAAAGCAAAAAGACUAGACAUCAGGCUUGACCAUCUAAUUUCCUCACCCAGUAUAACUGAUCACCACAUCCUAAAAAGUGUAUUGCUUGAAGUGAUCUUUCUUUUAUUCAGUUCCACCAGCUUGGUGCUAAGCCUGGCUUUGGUCCUUUUCCUAGGAUAAUUCAGUACUGCUUCUCUGGCUUGCCUGCUGGCUGUCUUCCCCUAUCCCACACACAUUCUGCACACAGCAUCCCAGAAUGAUAUUUUAUAAAUGCUAGUAGUUUCACUCCCUUGCUUAAAACCAUUCCCAUUGCUUGUAGAAUAAAAGUCCAAAGUUCUUAUGUGGCCCUUCACUAUCAAAUUCCUCCUGCCUUCCUCUUUAACCUUCUCUCUUAAUGUCUCCCUUUCCUCUCUCCCCUUUAACCAUAUUAUAUGCUUUCUAGAAGUUUAUUCAUUGAACAGUGAUUCCCAGACUUUAGGGUUUCAUAUGCGAAUAGUUUUUGUUUCAUUAAUUUUAAAAAUAGGGUCAUCUAUUUUUUUUAAAAAUAUGCUGUUUACUAUCUCCACCAUUUCAUAAUGAGAGAUCAUAUUUUUGAAUGACAGAAAAUAAGAUGAUCAUAAAUUCGGUCAUGAAAAUUGAGUGACUUUAGCUUUGAAAGAACUUAUUGCACUGUCCUCAUUUCCCUGUUGAUGGGUGAAGAUCUCCCUGUGGACCAGCAAGUAUCUGAGGAACUCUGUUUGGGAAUCACUGCUAUAGAAUGGACUAUGCUGUCUUGCACCUAGAGGUCUUGGCAUUUCCUUCUCCCUCCACCUGGAACCCUCUCUCCACUUCCUUUUGACCCUCUUCACCUGACUGACUCACCCUCACCCUACAGAUCUCAGCUGAGAUGUUGCCUCCUGGAGGAGAGGAGGCCCUGACCCAGAACUUCUCAGUCCAUACUGUAGGAGCCUCUGUUCUUGCCUGUCUUCCCAUCGACUGGAAACUCUGAGAGGGGGUCCUCAAUGGCUAUUGUGUUUCCUGGUGUCUCCUCAGGGUCAAGCACAUUCUCUAAUGCAUGAAUGUUAUAUAAGACCCAGACAAAAAUAAUCAGUGACCUCAUGGUAAAAUGAUAGUUUUGAAUUUCCAAAUUGGUUGUGCAAUCUUAGUAAUCUUUAAAAUUUAUUAUUCUUCGAUUUUGAAAAUGCAUUUUCUUAUGUUUAUUUUUACUAUUAGUUGACUAUAUUCUUUCAGUAGUAAAACCUCAUUGAUUUGUAAAAUUUUCAAAUUGAAUUUAGCUUAUCUUUGAAAGAUAAAUAAGUAUGAAAAAAGCUGUAUAAUUAGGGCUAUAGUUUCAUAUUUCCUAGAGGACAUAUUUUUGUAGAAAUUAAAUUUCAUGUAUUUAAUUUGAACUGUAAUGUUUUGAGCACAGGAUUGUACAAUUUCGUUAUUGCUUUCUUAUUUGUGGUUAAAAUGCAUUGUUGUCUACAAAUAUUUCUCUAAAUAAAUAA